GAGGGAGACGGGAGCAGCAGCGGCAGCGGGGUUUGUACACGGGUCCCAAGGCAAAGGCGCUGCCGAGCUGGUCCCUGCAGGGUUCUGAGUACCGAGCCGGUCUGGGGGACCCCUCUGCUCACUCCUCUUUACCAGAGCCAGCUAAGGGCUGCGUCCUGCCCAGGCUAGGGAUAUCCGCAGUGGGGCCGUUGCAUUGUUUUGGUUGGGAUAGGAAAGGGACUCAGCUAAGGGGGAGCUGCUGCCUGGCCUGUGAUCAUUACAGGGUUUGUGGAUGCACUUAGAUGUUUGCAAUGAGCACUGUGGCUGGCAUGCCCCAGUGUUUUGGAUACCAAUGCACAGGACUCCGUAGUAAUCGAAUUUAUCAGAAACGAACGUCAUGAGCAUAGUGAUCCCGUUUGGGGUUGACACAGCAGAAACUUCUCAUUUGGAAAUGGCUGCAGGCUCAGAACCAGAAUCUGUAGAAGCUAGCCCUGUGGUAGUUGAAAAAUCAAACAGUUAUCCACACCAGUUAUAUACCAGCAGUUCUCAUCACUCUCACAGUUACAUUGGUUUGCCUUAUGCGGACCAUAACUAUGGUGCUCGUCCUCCUCCAACACCUCCAGCAUCUCCUCCUCCAUCAGUUCUUAUCAGCAAGAAUGAAGUAGGCAUAUUUACCACUCCCAAUUUUGAUGAAACUUCCAGUGCUACUACCAUCAGCACAUCAGAAGAUGGAAGCUAUGGAACUGAUAUUACCAGGUGCAUUUGUGGUUUUACCCAUGAUGAUGGAUACAUGAUCUGUUGUGAUAAAUGCAGUGUUUGGCAGCACAUUGACUGCAUGGGGAUCGACAGGCAGCAUAUUCCUGAUAUAUAUCUGUGUGAACGUUGUCAACCUAGAAGUUUAGAUAAAGAAAGGGCAGUGCUGCUGCAGCGAAGAAAAAGGGAAAAUAUGUCAGAUGGGGAUACAAGUGCAACAGAAAGUGGUGAUGAAGUUCCUGUGGAACUGUAUACUGCUUUUCAACACACACCAACUACAAUUACUCUAACUGCUACAAGGGUUACUAAGGUUAAUGACAAGAAAAGGAAAAAAAGUGGGGAGAAAGAGCAGAACAUUGCAAAAUGUAAAAAGGCUUUUCGCGAAGGAUCUAGGAAAUCUUCAAGAGUUAAGGGUUCAGCUCCAGAGAUUGAUCCUUCUGACAGUUCAAACUUUGGAUGGGAAACUAAAAUCAAGGCAUGGAUGGAUCGUUACGAAGAAGCAAAUAAUAACCAGUACAGCGAGGGUGUUCAGAGAGAGGCACAAAGAAUAGCUCUGAGACUAGGCAAUGGAAAUGACAAAAAAGAAGUUAGCACCAGCAAUCUGAUCUUCAAACCUCCCGUAGAGAGCUAUGUGCAAAAAAACAAGAAAAUUCUAAAAGCUGCCAAAGACUUGCCUCCAGAUGCGCUUAUUAUUGAAUAUAGAGGAAAGUUCAUGCUGAGAGAACAAUUUGAAGCUAAUGGGUAUUUCUUUAAAAGGCCAUACCCUUUUGUUUUGUUCUAUUCCAAAUUCCAUGGACUAGAAAUGUGUGUUGAUGCAAGAACCUUUGGAAAUGAAGCUCGAUUCAUUAGACGGUCUUGUACACCCAAUGCGGAGGUGAGACAUGUAAUUGAAGAUGGAACAAUUCAUCUUUAUAUUUACUCUAUCCAAAACAUUCCAAAGGGAACAGAAAUUACUAUCGCAUUUGAUUUUGAUUAUGGAAAUUGUAAAUACAAAGUGGAUUGCGCUUGCCUCAAAGAAAAUCCUGAAUGUCCAGUUCUUAAACAUGGUUCCGAACCUACAGAAAACAUAAAUACUGGAUAUGAGACUAGAAGGAAAAAGGGAAAGAAAGAGAAGGACAUUUCAAGAGAAAAGGAAACACAGAAUCAGAACAUCACACUGGAUUGUGAAGGAGCAGCCACCAAGAUGAAGAUUCCUGAUAAUAAGCAGAGGAGACUUUCUCCCCUCAGGCUAUCCAUUUCCAAUAACCAGGAGCCAGAUUUUAUUGAUGAUAUAGAAGAAAAAACUCCUAUUAGCAAUGAAGUAGAAAUGGAAUCAGAGGAGCAGAUUGCAGAAAGGAAAAGGAAGAUGACAAGAGAAGAACGGAAAAUGGAAGCUAUUCUGCAAGCUUUUGCCAGACUAGAAAAAAGAGAAAAAAGAAGAGAACAAGCUUUGGAAAGAAUCAGCACGGCUAAAACGGAGGUUAAAUCAGAAUGCAAGGAAGCACAGAUUAUCAGUGACACAGAGUUUAUUCAGGAAUCAGCAAAAGAGGAAACUGCCACCAAGCCAACCCCUGCCAAAGUUAAUAGAGCUAAACAAAGAAAAAGUUUCUCUCGGAGCAGAACACAUAUUGGACAGCAGCGUAGACGACACAGAACUGUCAGCACGUGUUCAGAUAUCCAGCCGUCUUCUCCAGAUGUGGAAGUUGCUUCACAACAGAAUGAAACUGAGAACACUGCACUUGCAGCUGAGCCUGAAACAGAAACUAGUAUUGCAGAAAUAGUUACUGAAACAGAAGCUCCAGCACUUAAUAAAUGCCCUGCUAAGUAUCCUAAAACAAAGAAGCACUUGGUCAGUGAAUGGUUAAGUGAGAAGAUUGAGAAGACAGGAAAGCCUAUAGACAGCCUUUCAGAAAGGCCUCUGCGUAUAACUACAGACCCUGAAGUUCUGGCUACACAAUUGAAUUCUUUACCAGGUCUCACUUACAGUCCACAUGUAUAUUCUACUCCUAAGCACUAUAUUCGUUUUACUUCACCAUUCCUUUCAGAAAAAAGGAGGAGAAAAGAACCCAUGGAAAACAUUACUGGCUCUUGCAAGAAGCGUUGGUUGAAGCAAGCUUUGGAAGAAGAAAACUCAACAAUGAUAGACAGAUUUAAUUCUCCAUCUCAAGAAAGAUCUAGAAGUCCUGUGAUCAAUGGUGAAAAUAAAAGUCCAUUAUUAUUGAAUGACAGCUGUUCCUUACCAGAUCUAACAACACCACUAAAAAAACGAAGACUCUAUCAGUUACUGGAUUCUGCUUAUUCAGAAACCUCCACACCUACUCCUUCUCCAUAUGCCACGCCAACUCAUGCUGAUACCACUGCCACAGACCCGUCAUUGUUUGCUACCCCUCCUAGGAUAAAAGCAGAAGAUGAAACUUGUAGGAAUGGUUACAAACCCAUAUAUUCACCAGUUACCCCUGUGACUCCAUGUAUACAUGGAAAUGCCAUGCACUUUGAGAAUAUUUCCUCACCUGACAGUUCCCCAGAAAUUAAGAGGCGAGCUUACAGUCAGGAGGGAUAUGACAGAUCAUCCACAAUUCUAGCACUAAAUUCUUUCAGAAAUUCCAGUCUGACAGAAAUGGGCCUGCAAGAAAUAAAGACUAUUGGAUAUUCUAGUCCAAGGAAUAGGACCGAUGUCACCAGGCAGUGCACUGGAGAAAAGGAAUCUGUAUCAGACCUUCAGCUGGGACUCGAAGUAAUUGAGCAAAGUACAUUGCAUAAAAACUUGGAAGCCCCCUCACAUGAUAGGACUGAUUCUAACAGCCAACUAGAAGCUGCUCAGUGUGGUCGGGGUACAAUUUAUUCUACAUGGGUAAAAAGCCCAGACAGGACAGGUGUAAAUUUUUCAAUGAAUUCUAAUUUGAGGGACUUGACACCUUCACAUCAAUUGGAAGUAGGAGGUGGAUUCAGAAUAAGUGAGUCAAAGUGCCUGAUUCAAGAUGAUGCAAGAGGCAUGUUUAUGGAAGCAUCUGUUUUUUGUACGUCAGAAGAUGGAAUUGCAUCUGGCUUUGGAAGGACUGUCAAUAACGACAUCUUGAUGGAUGGAAAUUGCACACCCCAGAAUCCUCCACAAAAGAAAAAGGUGUCUUUAUUAGAAUACCGAAAGAGACAACGAGAAGCUAGAAAAAGUGGUUCCAAGACCGAGAGCUUUUCUCUGGUUACCGUAUCUCCUCAUGCUGCUGGUGGAGGAAGUAUAAGCAGUAACAAUGGUGCUAAUGAUGGGUAUAACAGUGGUGAAAACGGGGAGCAAAUUGAUAACACUGCUAACCUACCUUUACCAUUGCCAGCUACUGUUUAUAAUACAACUCCAGAAGAAGCUGGCAACAACUGUCCAGCUAAAGAAGCUUCUUCCAGUGAGAAGAAUGAACCAGAAGUUCAAUGGACUGCUUCAACUUCAGUGGAACAAGUGAGGGAGCGAAGUUAUCAAAGAGCUUUACUUCUCAGUGAUCAUAGGAAAGACAAGGACAGUGGACGAGAAUCACCUUGUAGUUCAUACUCACCAUCUCAUUCAAAUAUCAUUCCUCAGUUGCAACUUAAGGUCCUUUAUUUCACUGAACUAAUGGAAGACCCUGAUCCUGAAAAUCCAGAGUCCACAGCUGAAUGUCCAUCCCCAGAUACUUCUCAAAAGACUUGCAAGAGUCCUUCAAAAGCAAGCAAGCCUUCUUCACCUGGUCCUGUAGUUUCAGCGCAAUCAAUUGGGAGAACACCCACAAAACCAGAUUCUCACUGGGAAACUGCAGUUAAUGCUCCAGAGGCUGAGAAUGCGAAUCAUCCCAAAUCUGAGCUGCAACAAAAACAACUGACAAAUAAUGUCCAAGUACUUUCAAAAACUCACCCAUCUCAGUCGCAUUUGCGUAGUUCAACAGAGCAACUUUCCCAUUCACAAAAGCUGCCUUCUGCACCUUUGAAACUGCACUGUCCCCCUUCACCUCAUGUAGAAAAUCCUCCAAAGUCAUCUACUCCUCACGCACCUGUACAGCAUGGUUAUCUUUCACCAAAGCCUCACUCACAGCAGUUAGGAUCUCCGUACAGACCUCAUCAUCCACAGUCACCUCAAGUUGGAACACCUCAGAGAGAAACACACCGAAGUUUUUAUCCAGCAGUACAGAACCUUCAGCCUGGUAGUCAGCAGCAAGCUAGUGGACAGUUGUUCACCCAGGCACCUUCAGGACAAUCUUCAGCAACUUAUAGUCAGUUUAACCAACAAAAUUUGAACAGCAGUGCACCGCCCCCACCUCCUCCCCCACCCCCUUCUUCUUCUACUUACUAUCAAAACCAGCAGCCCUCUGGAAACUUUCAGAGUUAUAGUCAGUUAAAGGGUAGCAUACCCCAACAAACUGUUUUCUCUUCUGGACCAAAUCAAGCACUUCCUGGCACUACAGGCCAGCAAGCAGUUCCAGGACACCAUGUAACUGCAGGGCAUUUUUUGCCAUCUCAGAACCCCAGUAUUCAUCAUCAGGCUUCAGCAUCUGCUGUUCCUCCUCCUCCUCCACCACCACCUGCUCCAGGACCUCAUCUUGUACAGCAGCAAAGUUCCCAUCAGCAGCAUUCUGUAGCACACGUAGUAGGUCCAGUUCAUGCCGUGGCAGUAGCCCCUGGAUCACACAUUCAUUCUCAAGCUGCUAGUCACCAUUUGCCACCACCACCUCCACCCCCAGGUCCUCUGCCCCACCAUCAACCUCCUCAUUCCACAACAGGACAUCAAGGUCUGCAAGCACAACACCAGCAUGUAGUAAAUUCAGCUCCUCCACCCCCGCCACCUCCACCUUCCAAUGUUUUAGGCUCUGGGCAUCACCCAGCAUCAGCACAAGGGAUACACCAUCCAUCACAUCAAGGACCCCCACAUUUUCCUUCAAGUGCUCAUUCAAAUGUAUCUUCCUAUUCAUCACAAGCCCCACAUCAUACAACGUUGGGACCUGGACCUCAACAUCAGCCUGCUGGAACAGGACCUCACUGUCCACUACCAGGUCAAGGUCCUCAUAUCCAACCUCAAGGACCAAACAGUAUUCCAACACCUGCAGCUUCAGGGUUCUGUCCUCAUCCUGGCUCUGUAACCCUUCCUCAUGGUGUGCAAGGACCUCAGCAGGCAUCUCCAGUGCCUGGACAAAUUCCUAUUCACAGAGCACAGGUGCCACCAACUUUUCAAAAUAAUUACCAUGGUUCAGGGUGGCAUUAAAAUGGGACCCUUGCUCCUAAACAUUUUAAAAAUGUUUCUGUAAGAUAAACUGUGUAUAUUUCAUAUGUACCUGUUCAAGGUACUUUUUAACGCUUGUACAUGAUACUUUGUAUAAAAGCAAACACCAGUGCUCUUUCAUUGUAUUCUUUCCAUUUUUUUGCUUUUUUAAAAUUCCUGAAAAUGUGCUGUUCAGCCAGUAUUAGGUAUUUCUUUUUAUUUUGUAAGUGAACAUUCCAGCAGUUUUUUCUGGCAGUAGAUUUGAUGCUGCAUAAUCUUUAAAUUUUAUUGUUGCAGUUAAAUUCAUUUAGUGAAUGUUUUCUAUAUUACUUUUUAUACAUAUGUAAUUAAAUAAGUACACUGAUAAGAGAUGGCACGAAUAGGUUUUUCAUUUUCUUCUGUCAACAGUUCUUUGUGUGCAUAUAGCUAGAAAACAAUGCAAUACAGAUUUUUAUAGUUUGGCGUGGACAUGACUUUUGUUUCAUCAGUUAUUUACAGAAAUGUAAUUUAAUGUAUAGAUUGUUUCUAAUAUCUCUGACAACUGCUGUAAAUACUGUUUCUUUUUGCGUGUAAAAUUGCUUAAGGCUUCUUUCAUUUGAUAUAGUACUGUACAUAAUGACAAGUCUCUUUUGCAAAAAUGUGUGAUCUUUGUGGAAGUAGUACAGUAUAUGAUCUUUAAUUUUUUAAUAUACUGUCACAUUGCAGCACUGGCUGGGCAUUUUAAUUCAUGUUAAUAAAUCACAAUUAUGUCAGUUUUAA